AUGGCGCCCGAGGCCCCUGCCGACACUGCAGGCCCGUCCUCCCCACCGCCCCAACUCCCCGAAGGCUGGCUCCCGCAAUGGGAAGGCGUCCGAAGACAAUGGUACUAUGUCCAAAGAACGACCGGCAAGUCACAAUGGGAGAUCCCAACCGAGCCGAUCCAUCUGACGCCAUCGACGACACCAUCGAUCGGAGGAGGGCCGUCGCAAGCACCCCACCAAACAAACAAUAGCACUCGUGGGGUGGAGUCCGGGAAUGAUACGGCGGGCGACAACUAUCCCGCUGUGGACAGUGCGAGAAUUUCCAGCUCCCUUGACCCUCAGGUUUAUCUGCAGUCGGAAGCCCCACUGCAUGGAACGGGAGUACCAGGUUGGUAUCCAAACCAGCCUGGUCAGCAUCUGCCCGGCGGGUACGAGCACCAACCAGCAAAUGCGGGGUACGGACCGAACUCAAUCCGACACGACGGCGGGCAAAUUAACGGCGCCCAGCCGGAUUUCUAUACGAACCAGGCCCAUCCCGGUUACCCCCAGGGCACGGUCGCGAAUAUGAGGCCGACGGCAUGGGGUAACAACGGUGGAUUUCGAGGACAGCCUGACGCUUACAAUAUGGGCAUGCAUCCCGACACCUACCAGGGGUAUCCUCCUGGCGCUGCAGCCAUGCAUGGUAACCAGCCUCCAGCAACAUGGACAAUGACCAGCAAUCAGCAAGAGCACAUGAAUCGUGCAAUGGCCGGAGAAAGAGCACCAAAACCGCAGUGGCAAUCAGAGGCUCCCUCAGGACACAUGGGUACUGUCGGGGAUAAAGUUCAUACGUCCACUAUGUCACAGCCAUUCUAUGGUUCGUAUCCGUCGCCUCAGCAUACUGAACAGUCCCCAAGGGAUUAUGGAAAUCGAGGCAUGGUCCCACCCGGGUAUCAGGAUCCCCAACAGUAUCAACCAGCCGUUGAGAAAUUCCCCAGUCAUUCACCGCAGUCCAUGGUUGAUCAAGCCAGAUUCCAGAGCUACCCGGUGUCACGUACGCAAUCACAGCACUCCACGAAAGAUCCUGCCCUGCAAGGAUUUUCGCCAUUGCAGCAGGCGCAGGCCCAAUACCAACAACAACAUCUGAUACGAACACACUCGGGGUCGGAAGUCCCAAAUGUCUGGUCUGGCGGUCAAGGUCAGCACGGGAGCAACCAGCACCCCAACCCCCUAGCUCAGAUCAGCCCGAAUCAGUUUGUGCCAAGGCAUCAAAUGGGACACGAGGGUUCAAAUGGGUAUCCGGACACCGCGCACGCUCACCAAAUGCCCUAUCUCCAGUCCAGCCAUUAUCCAAUGCAGUCUGCGGAGGGAACAGGAAGACCCGCGGGAUCGCAGUUUGUCAGUGGGCCAUGGACCUCCACGCCCCCUUCUUCCGGGCCAUUGUAA